AUGGUUCAGGGAAAUACGAAGGGACUCCAGAAGAAGAGCGGUGGCAACUCGCGCCAUGCCCAGAAGGCCGCCGCCAACAUGAAAAAGGGCAGGAGGAGUGUGGCGCCCAAAAAGGCGCAGGCGGUAAAGCAUGCUGCCAUGCGCAAGGAGCUGAGCGCCAAAAUUAACCGCUCAGUCGAGCAGCAGAUGGUCAACGCCGCGAGCAGCGGUCCGCUCACGAUUAUGAAGAACAUCGGCGAUGCCCAGGAGUCGUCUACGGCUACCAAGAAGAAGAAAUGA